AUGCCCGAAACAGACACAUGGUUGGGCAUUUAUAAUGAAAGACGAACCAUCUACGUCACUCAAGAAGAUGAUCGAUUUCAGGCCGACAGGAGACAGCCGGCGGGGAUAAAGACUGGUAAUACAUGCCAGCCCACAUGCAUAGAAUUAGUAUACGGGAACGAUACAGUGAGACUUGUUCAGUCCUUAUCGCAACCCAGCGGAGUGGGGCCAAGCAGAGCUGCAGGGAUCGCAUCACAUGACAGCGUCGGGCUUGGUAAAAGCGGCAAGACACUAGCCUAUACCAGGAAGGGGAUGAUGUACUCAGCUGUUCGUGCUUAG